AUGAAUUUUCAUCCAUUAUCAAUUAAAAUGAUGGUACUAUAUGAGAGGAAUUUCUUACCAGUCCAUCAUUAUCGAGGGUCUGAUGAUCUUUUGGAUCGUUUCUUCGGUGAUCAACUACAUCUAUUCGAUCCUUGGAAUGAUACACAAUCAACCGAAUUAGGUCCUACGCCUGAAUCAUUCUGCUGGAUUAACGAGCCACAUCAUCUCAAUCGUGCAUCGAGCCAUGACAAUGAAAAUCAGCAACACGAAGAACCUGGCCAAUCGGAAAAAUUCCGUGUACAACUCAAUGUGGCUGGUUUUGAUCCACAUUCGAUCAAGACACAUGUAGAAAGUCGAAGAGUAAUUGUUGAAGCUAAACAAGAAGAUCGACAGCCCGAUGGUGACUUUCACAUUCAAGAACUGCGCAAAACUUAUGAGUUGCCUGAGCAUGCUGGUAGUUAG